UCAUAAUACACGGGUAUUCAUAUCUCAUGGUGGCUUAAUGGGAUCUCUGGAAGCAUUUUAUUAUGGCGUACCUGUGAUAGGAAUCCCCAUAUUUGCAGACCAGUAUCGAAAUGUUAAUGUUUUAGUACAUAAAGGUAUGGGUGUGAAAUUACGCUAUGAGAAUUUAUCUGAAGAAACAAUGAAUGUUGCUCUCAGUACUGUUUUAAAUAAUCCCAGCUAUAUGGAAGUUACGAAACGCGAGGUCUUACAUUUCAAAGAUAGACCGAUGACAGCGCGAGAAAUAGCGAUUUUUUAG